AUGAAUCCUAAAUUGGCAAACGCAGCAAAAGAGGGGAAUAUCACAUUCUUCGACAGCACCGACUCCAAUUUCAACUGGGUUCAAGCAACUCCCUCGGGGAACACAGCCCUCCACAUUGCCAUGAGUUUCGGAAGAAUGGAUUUCGCCUUAAGACUAUACCAGAGAUGCCAAUCUUUGUUAUCCAUGAGAAAUUCCRAUGGGGACACUCCACUACAUAUUGCGACGAGAGCUGGACACUUUAAUAGAACUGAGGUAAGAAUUCCUCACGUUGUCCAAAACAAUGAAGAUCCUGGAAGAAUCUUGAUUAACAGGCACUUGAAAAGAGCUGAGCUAAGAACUCCUCAAAUCGUCCAAAACAGUGAAGAUCCUGAAAGAGAUUCAAUUAAUGAUCACAUCAAUAGAGCUGAGCUAAGAACUCCUCAAAUCGUCCAAAACAGUGAAGAUCCUGAAAGAGAUUCAAUUAAUGGUCACAUCAAUAGAGCUGAGCUAAGAACUCCUCAAAUCGUCCAAAACAACGAGGACCCAGAAAGAGGUUCAAUUAAUGCACCCAAUACAACAAAUGAGAACAAACAACAGCGUGGUGUUCACCUUAUGGAGUGGCUAGAACGGGCGGAUUCUGGAGUAUGGUCGGCUAAUAGGAAGGGCGAGUCUCUAUUGUAUCUGGCUUCACGGCAAGGAUUGCAAAGCGUAGUUGGUUAUGCGUUGGGAAGAUUAACUGCUCCAUCUCCUAAUCAUGGUGGACCUAAUGGACACACAGCUCUGCACGCCGCUGUUAUGGGCAGGCAUUCAGGUAUUAUAAGAACAAUACUGGACAGAAUGCCGGAACUCAUCAAGAAACAAGACGAAACUAAUAUGAAUUCUCUUCAUUAUGCCGUCUUAUUCGGUGAUCUCGAAACGGUGCAACUAUUAUUACAAAGAGACACUUCCAUUGCAUAUGACUUGGAUAAUAAAGGACACUCACCUCUUCAUAAAGCAGCCAUUGUUGGGCUGGUGGAGAUCAUUGAAACGCUCCUUGAAUAUUGCCCAGAUUGCAUUGAUUUGGUUGAUGACUAUAGUGGCCGAAAUGUUCUUCAUGUUGCUGUACUGGAAAAACAGACUGAAGUUGUUCAAUACUUUUGUGAGCGCUAUCACACGGGUUUUAUAAACCAGGUGGAUAAGGAGGGGAAUACACCUCUACAUUUGGCCACCAUCAACUGCCAUGUUAGGAUUGCGUGGACCCUUUCAAAGGUGCCUGCAGUGGACUUCACAGUGAUGAACAACGAAAACCUUACAGCUCUGAACAUUGCCGAGCUAGACAUGGAAGGAGAUGCUAUGUUUCAAAAGCUUAUAAUCUCAUAUAUACUCAAAUAUUAUUGUAAAUAUUUGGGGAAUCAACCAGAAGUGAUCACCACCAGAUAUGCCAAACCCGAUACUACAAAGGGAGAAAGAACAAAAAGCGAAACCUACUACAAGAAACAUAUUAAUACCCUUAUAGUGGUAUCAACACUUAUUGCUUCUAUUGCCUUUUCUGCAGCUCUGACUUUGACAGGAGGAUAUGAAACUGAUGGUGCAGGGAAAGGAACAGCAACUUUAGUAAGAAAAUUCAUGUUCAAAGCAUUUGUUAUAUUUGAUGCUCUGGCUAUAUGCAGCUCCAUUAAUGCCGUAUAUUUGCUGGUUUGGGUGAUAUUUUCCGAUAAGCAAAUAUCUACUAGGGUUGCUUUAGUUGCCACCAUCUUUGUUUGGCUUUCGUUUCUGGCGUUGGGGAUGGCUUUUGCUGCUCAUUUCUAUGUGGUUUUGUUCACGGAACUUUGGUUUGCCAUCAUCAUUACUUCUGUCGUAGCUUUGUUUCCAAUAUGCUUACCUUUCAUUCCCAAGUAUUUCUAUGAUUCAGAUUUGUGGAUAAGUAUUAUACUCACUCAGGAGAUAAUACUCCUUCCAAUAUGGCUGAAACUCCAUAAGAAAACAAAACCACGUCAAACCGUGUAUGGAUGA